GUCGGGCUGACAUAGAUUCAAUAAUCGGGCUGCAGCAGGAGCAGGAUUUAAAAAGUUGCCGUGGCCGUGGUGGUUCUUUUAGCGUCAGCUAGCUAGUAGCUAGUUAUUAUUCUAUGGCUCCAGCGAAUACUGUCUCGAUGUCCCUUUUCUUAUAGCGUUAGCUUUAUUUUCCUAUUUCCUAUGUUACAUAUUAAAAUCAAGAUCUCGGUUACAAUGCUGUUCUAUCAAAUCUGAGACAUGGCUCAACAUCGAACUCUUCAUGUUCCUAUCAUCCAUCAAGAUCUAAGGCCGGAAGAAACAAUUGUGCAAAUAGCUAAUGCCUUAGACCAUUUGACCUUUGCGACUCAUCAAGUUUUAAGACAUAUUGAAAAUAGUACUGCCCGUCGCACCAAAAUAUUAGCUGAAUUGAAUCGAAGAGGUGAAGUGGUCCGAGCUAAAGUCGUUAAACUUGCCUCCACCAAUAGCAAGGCAACUAUAGUGUUUUCCAGUGCCAAGUAUCCGGCUGCUAAUGUGCAUCAAGAUUACAGUUUUUCUUUCAAUCCACCACCACACCCUAAGUCCAAGUGCAACUCCAAAGUGAAGUACCGCAGUAAACCGCUUUUGACACUGUCAGAUGAUUUUUCUGAGAAGUUGAAAUUUUAUCAUGUCAAAGUCAGUGGUAAACUUCUUCGCAAGAAUGUGGAUAUAGCACUUGAAGAGGGUUUGGGCAGUCUUCCUCCCAACUUAUACGACGUCAGCUCAUUACUUUUGUUCAACACUGCUGAGAAUUUGUACAAAAAAUAUGUUAUGCGGGAUCCACUUGGAGUAGCAUCGAAAAUGCGUUUGUUGAUUGAAGAGGAUGAGAGGAAAGAGGAACUUGAUGCUGCACCUUCAUCUAUUUCUGGAGGUGAUCAAGCCAAUCUGAAAGUUGCUACAAACUACUUUUAUGCACCAACUCUGAAGGAAGUUCCUGAAAUAGACGUUCCUUUGGAUCUGCCUGACUUACCUGGCAUUGCAGAUGACUUGCGCUACAACUUUGACACUGGGUCCAUUACUUCACCCUCUCAACCGGACACGCCAGCAGUUGUUGAGCUUCCUUCUCUGCCAGACAUGAAGACCUCCACAGAGACUGUCAGUUCCCAAAACACUUCUCCGUUACUUCCUCCUGCGCCUGUAUUUGAGCCCUCUCUUCCGCCACCUCCGCCACUGCCGCCUCCUUUACCGGUCUUAGUCGACGGAGAUACAGGCAUCGUCUCAGUUGCAGCUCCCUCUUUGAGACCUAGUGUUGUAGCCUCCAGCAUGGAUGCUCAUGCAACUCUCAUGGAAGCCAUCCGAAAAGCAGGCGGGUCAGGAAAAGCACACCUACGGUCUGCUGCCGAUCGGAAAAUUGAAGCCAAGAGACAGAAACAGGAAGAAAGAGAGAUCGGACCAGCCGGAGGAACUUUGAUUGCAGACCUCUAUAGAACUUUGCAAAUGCGCAGGAAGGGUAUAUCAGGAAAAAUCAGUGAAAGAGCUUCUCAAGUGCAGUCACUAGCUCCGCCACCCAGACUGAUGGAGUCAGAAACUGAAGACGACGAAGAUGAUGAUGACGACCAGAACGAAUGGGAUGACUAAUGAUGAAUCACCUCUAAUUUUUGUGAUCAUUCCAAUCAUGACAUGUUAGUCACGCUUACAGCAAACAGUAGUUUCAGAAAUUUUUAGGAUGUUUAAUAGAUGAUUGGUUUCCUCUCUCGCACUAA